AUGCUAUACACGUGGCUUUCAACACUUGCUGGAGGAGCACUGGUGCUGUAUGUCUCUCUGAGGAUAUUUUCCCCAUAUUUCUGGGAGGAUCUGCUCUACUUCUUGAGACGGAAGAGGUUAAAAGCAAUAAUAAAGAAAAGGGCAAGCAAUGGAAUUCUCUCAAUAAUUGAUCUUUUCAUUCAGAGAGUGGAAAAGAUUCCCCACAAGCCAUUCAUCAUCUACGAAGGGAAGGUGCACACCUACCAAGAUGUAGACAAGAGAAGUAACAGGCUAGCCCAGGUCUUCCUCCACCAUGCAGCUCUGGAAAAGGGCGACACAGUGGCCCUGCUGAUGGGCAAUGAGCCCGACUUCAUCCAUGUGUGGUUUGGACUGGCCAAGCUGGGCUGUGUGGUGGCUUUCCUCAACUUCAAUGUCCACUUCAGAUCUCUCUUGCACUGUAUUAAUGAAUGUGCAGCGAAAGCACUGGUGAUAGCAGAAGAUCGUUUAGGAUCGAUAGAGAAGGAGUUUAUUUUUCAUCUCAUGGACAAUAAUGUUACUAUCUGGCUGAUGAGCACCAGUUCUCCUUUCCAGCAUGUUGGUACUAUACUGGACAAACUAGAUAAGGUCCCUGAUGACCCUGUUCCAUCUUGCCUUAGAUCUGUGACUGACCAAGGAAACACAGCUGUGUAUAUCUUCACAUCAGGAAGUACAGGCUUCCCCAAACCUGCUAUCAUCACCCAUCGAAGAACCCUGUCUUCCUCUUCAGCCUUUGUCCAGUGUGGGGCAGUUUCUCAGGAUAUUAUGUAUCUCACUCUUCCUUUGUACCACAUCAGUGCUUCUCUUCUCGGCAUUGGUGGAUGCAUUGCAUUAGGAGCAACUUGUGUUUUGAAGAAGAAAUUUUCGGCAAGCCAGUUUUGGAAUGACUGUAGAAAAUAUAAUGUAACGAUCUUUUUGUACAUAGGGGAACUUUGUCGUUACCUUUGUAACCAGCCCAGUAGAGAAGUGGACAGAGUUCACCAAGUGCGUAUGGCUCUAGGAAAUGGCAUAAGACCUGCUAUCUGGAAAGAAUUCCUGAUAAGGUUUGGCCCAAUUAAAAUAUUUGAAUUCUAUGGAUCCACAGAAGGAAAUUCUUUUUUCUUAAAUUAUACAAAUAAAAUAGGAGCUGUGGGCCGUGCUGGUGUUUUCUCAAGGUUCCUACAUUCUUUUGAAUUGUUGAAAUAUGAUGUAUGGAAACAGGAACUUAUGAAAGAUGAACAUGGAAGGUGUAAGAAAGCACCAAUAGGUGAACCUGGCCUUCUGGUUGUCAAGGUGACACAGGAAACCCCAUUUUCUGGAUAUGCUGGAAAUAAAGAAAUCUCUGAGAAGAAACUCCUGCGUAAUGUGUUUGUGAAAGGAGAUGUAUAUUUUAACACAGGAGAUCUCCUGGUGAUGGACCAGAGUGGAUUCCUUUACUUCAGUGACCGAGUGGGAGACACUUUUAGAUGGAAAGGAGAAAACGUUGCCACUGUAGAAGUCUCUGAGAUCAUUGGGAUGAUGGAUUUUGUUCAAGAAGUUAAUGUUUACGGUGUAAGCGUAAAAAAUUAUGAAGGAAGAAUAGGGAUGGCAGCUGUUGUGCUUAAGCCUGACCAACCAUUUGAUGGAGAAAGACUUUACAAGCAUGUUGUGGACUUCCUUCCAAGUUAUGCCCAACCACGCUUUGUGAGAAUCAUGGAUAUUAUGCAAAUUACUACAACUUUCAAACAUCAGAAAAUGCAUCUGGUGAAUGAAGGAUUUAAUCCAGAAAUUAUAUCUGAACCUCUGUAUUUCUUGCAUGAACCUGCACAUUCCUAUAUUCCUUUGACAAGAGAGAUAUACAGGAAGGUGGUUUCUGGUGAAAUACGUUUAUAA